AAGAAAAGAGAGGAAAGAAAAUUACAGAUGGAGAGGGCCCCGCAACGAGCCCAGUACAGCAAAUCGAACGUUCAUCCUUCCUUUGUCUCUCUUUUCUUGUUUGUUCAUCGUUCAAAAUCCUCUCUGCCUCUGCAAUUUCUUCAUAUUUAUGUCCUAUUUGAGCUUCCCAUACAGCAAGGAGCAGGGAUAGAGAGAGCGCGAAACAGAAAGUGAAUUGGAGAUGAUAACGCGAUCGAAUCUGGCAGAGCAGUUGAGAGAGUAUCAGAUUCGAUCCAAGCAUGACUGGGCCUCUGUUUCCUUCUUCUCUUCCACUUCUAAUCUAACUUCUUCAAGGGUGGAUGUUGUAGUAUUUGUAAUAUGGGAACUCGUUAUUCUAGCUUUCCUUGUUUUUUCGGCAGUUUCUCUAUAUUUUAGGCAUAUGCGACUUGCUUUUAUCUUAGUAUGCAUUACAAUGCUAUUGCUUUUAUGCAUGAGAGUUGCGAAGCAAGUGAGAUUGGCCAGGAAAAAGAAACGAAGGAUGCUUCUACCUUUAUCCAUGUAAUACUAUGUAGGUAGCAAACCUUCUUCUGAAAGUGACACAACAUUGUUGUGUAAAUUGUGAGAAUUCUUGACCAUUGCUGUGGGGCCAUUCUCUCUUGCUUAUUGGAAUAUGUAAUCACACUUACAUCCAGUUUGAACACUUUGAUAAAAGCUGAAUGAAGUGGAGAGUUCUAAACAUUCAAAAAUGGAAAGCUGAGAUUUCUUAAUUCAAUGGGGUUUAUUGCACUAGGUUUAGUGGGUGCAGAUACUAAAGAUAUAGUUUCUUGGUACAUGCUUGUAGCAUGGAUUUUGGCUUCAACGAGCCAUAUCCAAAUUUUUGUACAAUUUGAAGAGCAAAUUGUGAGAUGAAUGUUUUUUUUUUCCCCAAUGGAAUAUGUAACAGUCUUUAUUUUUGUUCACCUGAA